ACACUAAUCACAAUCGUCACAGCGAGUGAACCAACACCUGUAGUUAUCUGCGAUAAAAGAUACAUCUAAAAUGGAACCCUGCUGUGGAUUAUAUGGCAAGAAGUGCACCUCAUGGCCCAUCUUGGCUUUUAUUUUCUCAAUGUUGUGCAUGCAGACGAGCGUCGAGUGCUGGUCCUACUUCUACUCCAACAGCACCAUGAACUGGGAGCAAGCCCGAACGUGGUGCAGGGAGCACUACACGGACAUGGUGGCAAUCCAGAACCAGGAGGAGAUUGCACAUCUCAACAGCUGGCUGCCCAAGAAGCCCACCUACUAUUGGAUCGGCAUCCGCAAGAUCAACAGCACCUGGACGUGGGUGGGCACCAACAAGGCUCUCACGGCCGAGGCCACCAACUGGGCUCAGGGGGAACCCAACAACGGCAAGAAUGGGAAGGUCUUAGGCGAGAGGGAGGACUGUGUGGAGAUGUACAUCAAGAGGAGUUCGCAACCCGGAAAAUGGAACGACGAGAGAUGCGAGAAGAGCAAAACGGCUUUGUGCUACACCGCUGCUUGUCAGGCAGACUCAUGUAUCCAUGGAGAAUGUGUGGAGACCAUUAACAGCCACAAGUGCAAGUGCUUUGAAGGCUUCUAUGGAGACAAGUGUGAACAUGUGGUUCAGUGCAACAAAGAUGAACUGACCGUCCCUGCUAAGGGGAGUGUAGACUGCACUGGCAAGUACGGCGACUUCUCCUUCGACUCCCUGUGCCAAUAUUCCUGUGAGGAGGGCUACCAGAUGAACAAGUCGGGAACCUUAAGGUGCACGGCCUCUAAGAACUGGUCAGAGGCGCCUCCUACAUGUGAAGUGGUCCAGUGUGAGGAGCUGUCAAGUCCAGAAAGAGGAUCUGUCACAUGUCAGGACCCUGUGGCAGCCUCAAGCUUCCAAUCCACGUGUAUGUUUACCUGCCAUGAGGGGUAUGUACUAUCUGGCGCCGAAUCGCUGCGAUGUGAAGCUUCAGGAAGCUGGAACGCCCCACAGCCUACUUGCGUUGCUGUCCAGUGUCCCGCUCUCUCCGGCUUAGACAACGGUACAGUCAGCUGCGGGGAGGAUCCGGAUAUGAGGUUCAGCUAUGGGAGCACCUGCACUUUCAGCUGCUCCUCUGGCUAUCAGAUGGUGGGGGCGAGUACGGCAACGUGCACGUCAGCUGCAGAGUGGAGUGAGAUGAUGCCGCAAUGCCAAGCAAUAACAUGCCCCGCCCCUGACGUUCCCAAGAGAGGCCACAUGAACUGCACACCCCCACUCGUCCCAUCCUGGACCCCCUACCCACAGGAUACAGUCUGUACCUUCAGCUGCGAUGAAGGCUACCAGCCCCAAGGUGCACUCAGCAUGGCGUGCACACACUUAGGCCAGUGGACCGCUACGCCUCCAACAUGCUCAGCUUCUACAUCUCAGUUCAGUGCCAUCACUGCUAGUGCAACAAUAGGGGGCGCUGUGUCCCUGUCAACUCUGUCUGUGGUGAUGUGGGUCUUGAGAAGACUGAGGAGGAAAGCAACCAAGUUUGAGUUGAGCAGCAAUUCUGACAUAGAGGAUCCUCCCCAGGUCUACAAAAACAGCAUUGACAGUCUCAUCUAGGAGAGAUUUGACUUUUUUCAAACAGAAAAAAAAUCAAAAAUGUUGUGCCCUGUGAAUGUCAUUGACAUGUAUUUCCUCCCAAAGGGAGGUUUGUUUUUUGUAUUGAGCACAUUGUUCUAAUCUAAACCCUCAGUGACAUGCUGGAAAAGUGUGACGUUGCAUAAUGUAUCGUGCGCUGCCAUGUCCUCACUAAACUGUGACUUAUUUAGUAUAUUUAUGGCAUAUUUGUUACUAUUUAUUGUGUCUUUUACACAAACCAUCUCUUAGUUUCUGUAAUUUCGUAUUACACAUAUUGUAUGUAUCGACUAAAUGCAUUACUGUAAUAAAAAAAAUAUAUCUAU